ACCUUUUCCUCACUGAUGCUAGGUUUUUUUUUUUUCAUACAAAUGAUUUUGCUGAAAUUCAGUGAAAUUAAUAUAUAGAUAAUGAAUAAAUCAAAAAAGUUUACUAAAAUCGACGAGGAUAUAGAACAAGAGGUCAGUGAUGAUAUGUCGAAUGGUAAUCCUAAAGAAGAAGAGGAUUUAUAUGAACGUACGAAAAAAAAACAUAAACAAAAAUCUAAACCAAGUAAAAGUCGUAAAAAGAAGAAAUCGAACAAAAGAAAGAAACACCGACAUGUAUCUGAAUCAGGAACAGGAUCAUCGUCAUCAGCGGUUAGUAAUACAUCGAAAUCUUCAAUAACAUCACGUUCUUCUGAAUCGGAUGUAACCAAAAAAAGGAAAAAAAUGAAAGUUAAUUCAGAUGAAAAUCGAGUGAUAAAAAUAAAAAGCGAAGUCACUAAAGAACCUUCAGAGAAAUUUUGUUCGAAGUGGGAAAGUCCGCCAAGAAAACGUCAACGUAGCCAGGAACGUUUAAGAGAUGAGAGCCGUGAUCAUUAUCGCGGUUGUCGCGACGAUCGGGAACGACAGGAAAGAUGCGUGCGCGGAGAAUAUAGGAGCGAAAAAGCAAGAGAAAGUCAACACUAUGGAAGGCAGCAGCACCAGCAGCAACGAUCCCGUAGCCCUCGUAGAUCAAAUGAAAAAUCCUACGAUCGUCAUUAUAUAAAACGUGAAAACAAUUCUCCCACCAGCCGUUCUAGAGAUCAAUCAUACGUUUAUCAAACCAAAUCUAAACGUGAAGUCGAGAAAAUCUAUGACUGGGGCAAAUCAAAUGAAAGCAGGAAGCCAUCAAAUUCGAGGAAAGAAACAAUUGAAGACAAAGAAAAGCCCAAUUUUGCUUUAAGUGGUGCCCUAACUGAGGAUACAAAUAAGGUUAAUGGAGUUGUUAUCAAAUAUUCUGAGCCACCUGAAGCACGGAAGCCUAAACGCCGCUGGCGUUUAUAUCCUUUCAAAGGCGAAACUGCGCUUCCAGUUCUUCAUAUACAUCGUCAAAGUUGCUUUUUAGUUGGCCGCGAUCGUAAAGUAGCCGACUUGGCGGUAGAUCAUCCAAGUUGUUCAAAACAACAUGCCGCGCUGCAAUACCGUUUAAUUCCAUUUACACGUGAAGACGGGAGUACUGGUAAACGUGUUCGCUUGUAUUUGAUCGAUUUGGAUUCGGCAAAUGGUACGUUUGUGAAUAAUAAGCCAAUUGAAGCACGAAAAUAUUAUGAAUUGUUCGAAAAAGAUGUUAUUAAAUUCGGUUUUAGUACACGAGAAUAUGUUCUACUUCAUGAGAAUAGCAAAGAAGACCAAGAGGAUGAUGAUAUCCCGUUAAUUGACGAACAACCAUCAAAAUAAAGUCUACAAAUAAUCCGUAGAAAUAUGCACUUUUUAAAUUCUUAAUUUCAAACAAAAACAAAAAAAAAAAUAAUAAUAAUAAUAAUAAUAAUUAAUAAAAACUUUGUAAACAAAUGAAGAGUCGACUUAGAUAUCCGUUACGUUUUGCAAUUAGGAUUGUGUGUCGAUUCUCUUCAUUGCUAACCAGAAACCUUUCUAUAUCAACUCGUAAUUCAUUGCAAUAUAUUUACAAAAUUUUUCGUUUUGCCUUUUUUACACUACUCUUAUCUUUCUAUCGUUAGUAUCCGCACAAUAUGGAAAUUUCGAACUUCGAAUCAUAAAAUUGAUUGAUUGAUCUAAACUCCAUAACGCGUUCUUUACGUUCGGUUUUUUCUGCUUUAAAUGCUUUAAUAAAAGUCCACAAGUAAAAUUAUAAAUAUAUAACUGAAUGGGCUGCGAAAAUGUUUUAUUAUUUAAAUGGAAAAAUUACAAUAUUUAAUGGAAGAUUUAAAACGACGAUCAGAUCAUAAUUUUCGCGAAAUUAUUUAAGAAAUUCGUGAAAAUGUUGCCAAACAAAUUUAUUAAAGGCAGCUUAAUGAAUAAAUUUAAUCAUUACGUAUAUGCUUGAAUAUAUAUCUAUCCGUCUAUCAUUUAAAAAUUUGAAUUACAUAAAUUCAUUUAAAUAAACAAU